AUGAGUCCUGGGCAUGACUUGUCUAAUCACUCACAGAUCAUCAUCGUUGUCGUCAUCAUCAUCAUCAUCAUCAAUAUCAUCCUCUGGGAGGCGUCACAAGGGCCCGGCUCAGUCACUCAGGCUCAGUGCCUGAUUAACUAUGAAAGGAGUCAGAAGCUCAGGAGGCGCUCUCCAGCUUUUUUACUCCCAUCUCACAAUCAUUUGACGCACAACCAGCCCAAUAUGGGCAACCUGCUUUGUAAGUUUCGUUUCCCACCCCCUCGCCCUCCGAUGUCUGGCCGUGGUCGGCCCUUUCCCCCACCUUCUCCAGCCUUACCAGCUAGUUUAUACAUCCAGCCAAAGAGGCCAUACCCCAUCCUGCAGGCCGCAUGUACCCCUCUGGGGAUCCUUCCCUUGGUGAACUGGAGUAGCUCUCCGAAAAAACCUGUGCUGUCUGCUCAUAAUUCCAUGAUGUUUGGACACUCCAGAGCCAAAAGGAUCCCUCCUCUGGGGCGCAAAUUCACUCUCCCACAUUCACUAUCUGAGAAGGUAGAGGAAGCUGUGGAGCCGGUACCAUCCAGGCACCUCCCACUUUCUUGCCCAUAUGGGGUGGAGGAGAAGGUCCAAGAAGAUCCCAGAAAAAACAUGGAGGAUCUUGUAGAGACCGAAGAGCAGAAUGGUGGGAACAGGGUCCCCCAUAACGUUGGGGACAUACCAUUAAAAUCUAGUUCCCUGGAGACCAGUGGGCUUCUCAGUUCCUCACAGCGCAGCCCCACACCUUUGGACCUCCAUCCUAAUCCUCCAGGAGACAGUUUGAGGGAGAACACCCAGAAGUCUCUGAUGAACUGCUGCCCUGAAGGCCACGUAGUCACCUCCUCCCAUGGCCCAGCCGGAAAUGUCAUGCCUGACACAGAUGCUGCAGUGCUCAGCGACCCAACCCCAUGCUGCCCCUUACUGCAGGAGACAUCAACAAAGGAAGUGUCGGGUGAAAACCAUCAGCCUAUAGGGAACACAUCAUACCUAUCUAGGAAGGAGAUACAGGUUAAUGAGCCUUCAAGCAUCUCAUCAAGGAGCUCUUUUCCACCUGUAUCUGCCAGCAGUAGGCCCUGCAAACGGAAAACAUCCACAUCACAUUCUUGGCCACUGCCACCACCCCAGUUGUGAGGCCACGGCGAGUUGCCCCCACUUCCUAAGUUUCCUUGCAUAGCUAUUGACAAAAACCUGGACACCUUGAAGAAUACCAAAUGUCAGAGGAAAAAGAUCUUGGAAGACAAAAGAGAUCAAAGGAGACUGCUCAGACGCUCAGCCUGCCAUUCUUUAUCCCUACUUGCCCCAGAGACUGCUAACUCUCUGCUUUUGGCGAGUCACACUUUGCAAGUCCCUAUUCCUACUGAUGACUUGGCUGACCAAUCUGCCAAGUUUCCGAUUCCCUCUGUCCCUCCAUCUUUAACACCAAACAUUGGUCAGGAGACAGCACAGAUAGUUUCUAAAUCUUCUCCAGCUGUUCCUGCUGGUUUUGUUCCUCAUCUUAGUUCCAAUCUCAUUUGUGGAAUUCCUGUGAAGAAAGAAGGCCCUCUUCAGCCAGUCACUACUGUAACAUAUCUUAUUUCUGACAUCACCACACUUCCUAACACCUCAACCCCCUCCUUACAGCCACCCUCCUGCAACACAGAAUCCCCAGUGCCUAUGUGUGUAGAUUCCCCCCCGCCUCCUAUCCUACCCGCCCCUCUUCCAAGUCCUUCCACACAUAGCCCUGUUUCAAUUGUCCAGCCCAUCAGUUCUAAGACAGUUGCUUCUACCAUCGUAGCCAAUGCAUCUACAUCUACCUCCAAGCUUACUUCAGGUCCUGGUGUAUUCCACAUGGACACCACACCCCUUUCAAAGGCUGUUAUUUUCAGAUCUCCCCAACAAUCCGGAAUGGGAGCUCCUUCAUUUCCCCAGGGCCAUUGCAGUUUGAAGCAGAGGUGCCCUGCAAAAUCUCCAGUUUUCACCAGCCCACCUGGAGAUCAGAAGACAGCCCUUCUCGCCAGUGUUUCUGUUUCCACUAACUUGUCCCUUACGGAUUCUGGAGUCACCUCCACUCCAGUAGGCAAGCCCUCUACAAACUGCAACUCGGCCUGUAACUGUGAAGCCAUGGACACUACAUCACCAUCUCAGGCUUCCAUCUUCUGUUCGUCCCCUGAGCCCAGGGACAACCAUUUCCCACUUAACAUGGUGCUUUCUGGUUCUGAUAACACACCACCCAUGGCAGCACUGUGGUGGCCCAUGAUUCUAUCCAUUUACCUAAAAAGUCAUCCAUUGGACAGACCGCAAUUUGCAACCACUCUGACCCAGGAAUCACCUCUCAGCCUACAAUUGGGCAUCAUAAUGGGCAGCAGCCUGACAAUUCUCACCUGAUAGGAACACCAGUAGCCUCAACACAAGCUAUGGGCCCAACUGCUCUUGUAGCCUAGCCCCCCGGAGACAACACAGUGAAGGCAGGUUUGGCAGGUUCUGCAUCUAUUACUACUCUCAGGAUCCAGCUGGCCUCGAGUGACAAGCCAGGCAUUCUGCCCAUUGGUGUAUCUACCACAACAGGCUUUGGAGUUGCCACGGGGAUGCCCAGCACCAGGGAUGGUGGCUCACCGUUAGCUGACAGUACUUCAGGCCAACAUAUGUUUUCGGGACCUACAGCCCCUAUGGGCAGUGGUGUGUACAUCCCAGGCCCCACUCAUUCACAGGCAUCUGGAGCAUUCAACCUUGGGGCAGGACUGAACGGGGUACCAAGAACCAUUUCUGCUCCAACUUUAGGUCAGACAACCUGGAAUCGCUGUAGUGAUGGCAUGGCUGCUGCUGUAGGAGGAACAAAUACCAUCACAGUAUUUGGACAAAAUGCUAGUUCCACCUUGAAUCCAGGCACUUGGGGCCCACCCAUCCAAAACCCAGGUAGUGGAGCAGUGGGGCAGGGCUGCACUGUUCCCACAGGUGGAGACUCUACAGUCCCCACUACUCAUAAGUGCCCCGGGGGCUCAAUCUGACGGAGAAAACUUUCCUCAGGUAGAGGAGAUGCCACCAUGGAGAAGAAGACUAAGAGACCAGGCAGCUUCCCCCUUAAAUCUGAGCAGCAGGGGGCCAACCGUCAAAAACCCAGGUGAUGGAGUAGUGGGAGAGGGCCAUAGAGUUCCCGCAGGUGGAAGCCGUCUUGUUAUUGUUAGCCAGAAGUGCACCUGGAAGCCAUGUACACAAGAACUAAUUGCUUCGUGUGGAAGAGCCACUACCAAGCAGAAGACACGUGUAUCAAGAGGCGUGUGUGUUUACCCCUACAGAGCCCCUCGGACUUGCCUAGCCACACUGCCUCUGCGGCAGUUGCAAGUGGCAGCACCAGCUCUAUGCUUGGACCCACUUGUAGUUCCACCGUCCUUCCACGCAAAUGCAGUCCUCCCACCCAGCAUACAGAUGGUAUGCAUGGAGGGGACAACGUGAUUCCCAUGAAUCCCAUUCUGUGUGAAUGUAGAACCUAGUAGUUCUUCACAUCAGAAUAAUUGUGGCCGACCCAAUACAAACGCAGCAAGUGCCAUAGAGGAUGCAGACAGUAUCACAUCUGUGAUGGCAGGCCUCUAUGUCGGCACCCCCCAUAAUAACACUGGGAGCUCACUUACCCCUAACACAGGUGGUGCUCUGGGGAACAGCUCCAUGCCUGCUAUGACUGGAUACACUUAUGGUCCCUCAGCCACACAGAGCACAUGUACCCCCCAUCAGCACAGCGCUGGUGGUGCAAUGGGGGGUAGCACCAGGAAAUUUUAAACAGAACUUGGACUUGCCCUAGUCAGGUACUCCUCUGACUUUGGAAGAUCACUGUGUGUUUCCUGGUCAACUGGGCCUGUGCUCUGGGCAUGACUGGAGCACCUUCAUAACCUGACUAGGACUUCACCUACACAUUCCUUUCUUUUGUCAUGAAGAAGGACCUAAUAUUCCUCUGCAAAUUGGAUAUAACCAGAAAUUGACUUCUUUGCACCAGAAAGGGGCCCAACCCCUUUAAGUGAAACUUACACUGAUCUCUUCACACAGAAAGUGUGUACAUUGUGUGCAUACAUGUAUUUAUGUGUAUUUCUCUGCAUGUGCAUGUAUUGGAGGGCAAGGGGCACAUGAGCCCCAUUUAGAACUACAUCAGAAAGACACCAGAUUCAAGGAGUUCUAGUGGAGAAUGGAAGAAAGCUACAUAAAUCAUCAACCGUGCCAUCCCUGGCAUGACUGUGAACUUGGCUGACCCAAGCUCUGGACCAGUUUUCUCUGGUCUUGGAAUGGGCAGGAUACCACUGCUGCCUGUAGGGGCUCCCUUUACCCCUACCUAUUUGCCUCCAUGGGCCUUUAUCCUUCCCACAUUGUGUACUUAACGUACAUAAAACUUUGUUAUUAAUCUGU